CCUCCUCCCUCUCCCCUGUACGGGGAAGCCGAGAGACGUCAGGCCGGACCGGAGAUUAGCAGGCGCUUUAAGUGGAUUAGAAAGCAACAGAGGCGAAGAGAGGAGAGGAGAGGAGAGGAGAGAGGAGAGGCGAGAAGUUGGCGUAAGAGGCGCCGCUUUGCGAGUUGCUUUCAGCCGGCUGGCCAGGCGCGCUCCCUCGUCCGGCUUUUCUUUCUGGCUUGAAGAGCCCCGCCAUGCCCCAGACAGUGGCUCUGAACGGUCCUUCGCCAUGGGGGUUCCGUCUGGUCGGAGGGAAAGAUUUUAGCACUCCGCUGACUAUUUCCCGGAUAAAUCCAGGAAGUAAAGCUGCUGUCGCUAACCUUUGUCCAGGUGAUGUCAUUUUGUCAAUUAAUGGUGACAGCACAGAAAAUAUGACACAUUUAGAAGCACAAAACAAGAUCAAAGCUUGUCUGGAUCAACUGAUACUAUCUGUGAACAGGGCUGAAGGCAAGGUUUGGUCACCUAAUACUGUAGAAGAUGGAAAAGCACAAGCUUAUCGUGUCAGUGUAGAACCUGAAUCACAGGAUAACGGACCUGUUCCAAACAGGAGACCCAUGGCCUUUUCACCUGGAGGAAGUCCAACAGACAACAAGCAGGCCUUAAAUUUGCAAUACAAUAAUCCUUCACGUCUAUAUGUAAACAACAGUCCAGAUUCUAGUUUACCCUCACAGAUGAGUGGUUUCCAUAUCACAACUCCCCAAAGUGCUGAUCCUCUAAGGUCUCUCCCGAGGAACAAAAAUGGAAUCGACACAGACUCGGAUGUGUACAAAAUGCUACAAGAUCAUGAAAGGCCCAUUUCAGAACCUAAGCAGUCAGGAUCUUUCCGGUAUCUGCAAGGCAUGUUGGAAGCUGGAGAGAAUGGUGAAAAGUACGACAAAGUGACCAGUCCGAGACACAUUAAAUCUCCAGUCCCUAAACUGGGUGGAGCCAUGUCUGGCUUGCAGAUGCUCCCUGAGUGCACCAGAUGUGGUAAUGGCAUUGUUGGCACAAUAGUAAAAGCCCGUGACAAGCUCUACCAUCCAGAAUGUUUCAUGUGUGACGACUGUGGCCUCAACCUGAAGCAAAGGGGCUAUUUCUUCAUUGAGGAACAACUAUACUGUGAGACGCAUGCCAAGGAAAGAGUUAAACCACCAGAAGGAUACGACGUGGUAGCUGUUUAUCCCAAUGCCAAAGUUGAACUUGUUUAAUUAGAUACUCCUAUUUCCCAGCCAGGUUGAAAGGGCUAGAAGAGAGUCCAAAGGGUUUUUUCUCAGUAAAAUAUCUUUCAGAGAUCAAAUGAAUUACCUUUGGGACCUUAGGUGGGACAGUUUUGGUUGCAGAAAACCUUUGGAAAAAAAUUGCUUUCCCCCAUUUCUUAUAAAACUUCGCUUUUUGGUUGUUGUGCUGGAGUUUUUUUAAAAAACCCUGCAAAUAAUAUUUGCUGUAGACCAUCCAAAAUCUAUGUAAAAAUAGAUGCUUUUUAAAAAGAACUUUUCCACAUACAACCAGUAUUUUUUUUUGUCCCAUUUAAAAAUAAGGCACUUUAAGAACUGACAGUUUAAAGCAUUGCAUUAAAUUUUACUUUUUGUCAGUAAUAUAGAUAUACGAUAAAUACAGCUUUGUGGCUUUCAGGGUAUAGAACACUGAGACCAUAUUUUAUUAUUAUUAUUAUUAUUAAUAUAGUUAGAGAAAUUCUCUUAUAAAUCCUUUUUUAAGUGGUGUUGAUCUAGUUGCUGCCUAUUUGUUAUUUUAGUUAUGUUCAGUAUCUAGGAAACAAAUGCUUUUUUAUUUGCAAAAAAAAAAGCAAAAUCUUUUUUGAGUUGAGCUUUACUCCUAGUGACUGCAUACUUAGGCUACCAUAUCUAAGCUGCAAAAAUUUGGACAUCCGUUAGAAGGCAGCAGCAAGCUAGAGGAUUCUGUAUGUUUUGUGCCCUCUACGGUUGACUGUUUUGCAGCCCAGAUGUGGUAGCCUUAUUCAUGGAUAUGGACACCGAAUUUUCUUGGUAAUAAUGCAAAAGUCAUUUCACACUUUUCCUGGAACAAUCAAAGUGAUAAAGACCUCCUUUUUGUCAUCCUUGUGACAGAUGGCAGCAUUAGCAGCUGGAACUUUCUGCUUGCCUAAUCCUGCCCUUUUAAUUCUUCUAAAGAAAACAUUACUGGAAACCCAUAAUUGAUCCUCUGUUGGUUAAGAAAAGUGAGCAGGUUAAAGAUGAUAUGUGUGUUCUCAGACCUUCUAGGUCUUCUGAUGCUGUCAAUUGUAAAGAUCAAGAACUCUCAAAUGUAAAAUUCUCUGUAAACAAAAAUGUAUGGAAUGCAUGUACAGCAAAGAACCAGAUACAACAGAAUCUUUACAUAUGAUACCAAUGUUCUUUCUUUUCUGUGAGAUACCAUAAUCGCUCUUGCUGUUAUUCCUUUGUAUCAAACCACAUGGACAACUAUUUCUAUUACUUCCUCUUUUGUGUUUAAACUAUAAGAUUUUAUAUUCAAGCCUGAAAUAUAGAACUGUUCUCAGGUUCAGUUAAUUUGAAUGUUAGUAUUCAUCUCUGGGGCAAACAUCAAUUCAGUCAAUAUAAAAGAAAUCCUGAAAGAUCACAAGGUUAUUUUUGACUUUGAAUUUUCAGAACUGAAUAUUGUGUUUGAAUGAAUUGAAUGAAAUGCAGAAAAGUCCAUAGAAUUAUAAGAAAAUUAAGCCUCAUUUCAGACAAAUAGACAUAGAAGAUAGACAGACAGACAGACAUUUAUUUUUUGAUAACAUAGGAUGAAACUUGCCCAGUGUGAAAACCACCUUAUGUUUUAACAAGUAAAAUGUAGCAACAAGGAUGAAGAAAAGUAUGUACUUUUAGUUAAAACAUAGUUCUCUAUACCAUUAACAUAUUGUCUGCAUUGUUAGGGCUCUCAUUUAAAGAAGCUUGAUUGACUGAGUUUAUUUUUUUUUCCAUCUGCAGUUGUUAUAAAUGUAUAUAUUAAUGAUCAUUUAGCCAGCAAUCCAGAAGGGAGUCAGACCCUGUCAGCCAUAUAAGCUAUAAUAGAAGACACAAAAGCUUUUCCUCCAUCUUUUUUUUUUCUUCGCCCUCCACCUGCAUACUUUUGUUGUGAAAGACUAGUGAAAUUCUCCUGCAUGGAAAACUGCUGAUCCUCUUCCCUUGAAGUGCCUACAAAAUUCCAUCUGGUUGGUAGCUUUCUGCCUGCCACUGCUUGCAAGGAAAAUACUGAUGAUAUCCUUUCAGAAGGACCACAUCUGCUACAUCCUAUUUUUAGCCAUCAGUAAUAGGGACAGUAUCUCAGCAUUGCAUUACUCUUUUUGUUUUUGUUGGUGUUUGGAUUUUUUGCUGACCAAUUAAACAGGAAUCCUUUUUUUGGUAUAUAAAUAUGAAACUAAUUAAUUAGUUACUAAAGCAUUGCAACACUUUUAUUUUCACAUUAGCUCUAUUAUCCAAAGUUUCUUGUCAGGUGGAAAAACAGCCCUAUUUGAACUCUUCAGUAGCUUUCAACUCUAAGUGAAGGGUUGUAAUUUUAUUAUUAGUUUUUAUGUUUUUUUAGCCUAAUAUUUGUGUUUUUCUCUUCAUGGAAUCAUUUCAGAAAAUCAGGGAACACUUAUGUAUUAUUAUAGUUAUCAUUAAUCAAGCAAUAUUGUUGUUUUAUUUCUUGGUUGCCAAGAGAUAACUAUUUCUUUUGCAACAGUUGUGUACAUUUGCUCCAGUUUGGCUUAUUUGUGUUGAUCCUUAGGGCCCCUAGGUAUGAUUAUAUUGUUUUGUGGUUUAUAAGUGCUCUGUGGAGAUAUGAUUAUACUGUUUCAUGGGUUUGAAGUGCUCUGUGGAACACAUAUACUGUGAGACUACAAUUUUACAAAUUGCUGGGUGCCUUUAAAUUCAAAAUUGGUACCUAAUUUCUGGUCCUUGAGAUCCGUCUGGUUUUAUUGAAGGGUCUCCCCAGUUUAUCUCACAUCUCUUUUGUCCUUUCAUUAUCAAGUGAGUUUGAUAAACAAGCAAUCUUUCUUGACUUGUAAUUAGGAUUUUGCCUGUAGGGUACAUUCUAACAAAGCCGCAGACUGCCUGUCCGUGGUCCUUUCCACAAGUGCCUUGAAACAGCCCCCAUGAUUUCCUGACUAGAAAUAAAGGUGUUUUUACAAGCACUUUUGGGUGAACAAUUUACCUUAAUGCCUUGCAACUGUUUCUUGAAAUUAAAUUCAGCCAUUAUUUUUAAUCAGAUACAAGAUUUGAUUAAAUGUAAGUUUAUUUUUCAUUAAAGCUUUCUACUUGGAAAAAUUGCUUCAAGAAUUCACAUUAUGAAUUCUUUAAUACAAUUUGGGGUACAAGUACUGUAUAUGUUUCAUUGUAAUAACUUAAAAUAUUCAGACCUUGAUUCUAGUUUUCUUAAAACAUUUAUCAGUUUAAAAACUGCUAAAUCGUACCUAUCAUUUUUCUUAUGCUUAUUUUUUUCAUUUUACUAAUUGUUGCUGCAAUAAAGCUGAAAUCUAAAAGAUGGAUAUCUCUAUAUAUACACAUGCAUAUAGUUGCUUGACAAUAAAGAGAACACCUCAUAGGAAAGAAACUAACUUGCAAAUAAAUGAGCCCAGAUAUUUCUAGAGUGGAAAGUGCAUCACAAACCUGAUAUAAUCAACUUUUUCUCCUAUGCAGUGAAACACAGGUUUCUGAAUAUGUAAGGCUAUAGAUCAGUUUGCAUUGCUCUUUGUUCUCUCUUCAACUUCAUUUCAAAGACUGUUUUUCACCCUGCAGGAGUCUGCUGUCUACUUCAGAUCUGUUAUAAUAAUAUUAAAACACAUGGCCCAUGUUGGAAAUGUAUUAGUCUUGAACUGUGAGCAUUACAAAUUGCAUAAAACUAAUUGUGCAUAAUUACUUAAUGAUCUAUUUCAGGCUUUAUUGUAUGCAAAUAACUUUACUAGCCAAGGAAUGAAACUUUUCUUAUCUUUUAUCUGCAUGGAAAUUAUUAACACUCACAAUUCCUACAAAUGUGUCUCUUGCUAGUUUUUUUUUCUUGAAUUGAUCAUUCAUGCGGUAUUCAAAUUGGUGCCAUCUUAUUACAAAUUCAUUUCCUUCUAGCUAUGCCCCUUAUCCUACAGAAAAAGUUUGUAGCAUAUUAUUAAAACUGGAAUGUGAUUUGUUGCCAGUUCAAUCAAGGGAUAUUUUUUAUUUGUGUGGAUUAACUAUUCAAUAAUACAGAAAAGCAUUUUAGGAAAACAUAUUGUGUAUGGAUUUUAAAUAUAUUAUGAGUCCACCUCAUUAUCAAAUGAA